AUUCCACCUAUAUGAUACACCUUCCUUAUUUAUACUUAAUAUCAGCCUCUAGCCAGACAUAUCAAUGUCAAAUCUGAAUUUUGCUCAGUGAAUCAUCUGCUUUCUCACAUCCAUCAUAUCAACUGGUCAUGAAUUACUUGGCCCAUCGCGAAAAGUCAGCGGAAUUAGCUAGACAGUCAUUCAAUCGGGAGGCGCAGGAUUCAGAUUAAGGCGUUGCUUACCCAUUCAUCUCGAUUGUACGAAGCAUUACAGUCAGCUUCCAGUCUCUUCGUUAGCUCCGGACUGUUUACCUUGCAGACCGCGAAUAACCAAAGAAAAUGAAACGCAAGCAUCCAGUGGAUGCUACGACUACGAAGAAUUCCCUACAUAGCUUCUAUGGCCCCGCAAAUCUCAAACAGCAAUUGCCCGCGCGAGAAAUCGGUGAACGGCAAAAUUCAGAAUGUACAGAUGGGACAGGAAGCAGCAACGAAAUAAUCGAAGAUGAUUAUGAUUCGUUUGAUGAGAUAUUCACCCGCCACAUCACGUUCGAUACAGAUACUCUGGCGGACGGUUGGGCAACUCCCUUGGACCAAGAUGUUUCAACUAAAACUCCCCAACCUAGACCACGGUCUGCUGGGAUGGCCAACCGGUUCCUCAUUUCCACCGAGCAGCCUAAAUCCAGAUCACAUUCUUUACAACCCGGUCAUAGAACCUUGCCAUGGGCGCAGCAGUUCGCUCCAUCCAGUAUAGAAGAAUUAGCGGUUCACCAGAAGAAGGUUUCUGAUGUGAAAAGCUGGUUAAUCAGUACAUUUGCUAGAAGAGAGCGACAGCUACUUGUCCUUCGAGGUCCUGCAGGAAGCGGUAAGACGGCUACAGUUUCAUUACUAUCAGCUGUGUUGAAUUUCGACAUUCUCGAAUGGAAAAACCCUUCUUCGUCAGAGUCCGCCACCAAAGCACAUGUAUCAAUUGCUUCCCGUUUUGAUGAGUUCCUGGAGCGUGGGAACGAGUUCAAAUGUCUUGACCUAGAAGAGGUGGCUAGCUCUCCCGGGCUUGAAGAUAAUAGCAUAAAUGCAUAUGCUUCGCGACAUCGCAUAAUUCUCAUAGAAGAGUUUCCAACGCUUACAGGUUCUGCGUCUGGCCUGAUUCCCUUCAGACUAGCUCUUCUGCGGUAUCUUGACAGAAUACCACAACAAAACAUUAAUCCCGAAACUGAUGUGCAGCGAACCUCCCCAAUUGUCUUGGUCGUGUCAGAAACGCUUCUUAACUCACGAUCUUUCCCGUCAGAUAGCCUAACAGCUCAUCGGUUGCUAGGGCCAGUACUCUACAACCACCCGAAAACGAGCAUCCUUGAUUUUAAUAGCAUAGCCCCGACAUAUAUGUACAAGGCUCUGCAUCUCGUUCUAGAAAAGGAGGCUCGACUUUCCAAACGUGAGAGGUUUCCAGGCCCUGCCAUACUUCAUAAUAUCUCUACUAUUGGGGACAUUCGGAGUGCAAUCUCGUCUUUAGAAUUUGUUUGCAUGAAUUCCGGAGGGUUCAAGAAAUUUCCACCCCCAAAAACCAAGAAUUCGAAAGGAUCUAGCAUACCUCUUACGCCCCUUGAAAGGGAGACAUUGGAUUUAAUUACACAGAGAGAAGCAAGUCUUGGGCUAUUUCACGCCGUUGGCAAGAUUAUGUAUAACAAACGUGUCGAUGCAGGUUCAACUGAAGACGCCCAAGUUGUGUUGCCCCCAGACUACUUAAGCCACCAUAAGCGGCCACAAUUAUCCCAAGUAUGUGUCAACGAACUUGUGGAUGAAGCCGGAACCGAUAACCAAACCUUCAUUAGCGCUCUUCACGAGAACUAUGUUCCAUCAUGCAACGGUCCAUCAUUUACAGACUAUCUGGAUGGUUGCAUAGGUGCGUUAUCCGACAGCGAUAUGCUGUCUUUCGACACAAGGGGACGAAGCAAGUUCGGGCUGGCUGGUGUUAGUAGAUACAACUCCGGAUCGGACUCAUUGCGCCAAGAAGACCUCAGUUAUCAAGUUGCUACUCGAGGUAUAUUGUUUGCUCUUCCAAGCCCUGUGAAGAGAUCUGCAUGGUCCAAUAACGGCUCGAACCAUACAAGAAGUGCAUAUAAAAUGCUUUUUCCGGCUUCAUUGCGAUUGCUUCGAGAUAUGGAAGAGAUACAAGAUCUUAUAGACAUAUGGUCAGCUAAACUAUUGGACCCAUCAAUAUCGGGCUUCAAACCUGAGGGGGCCGCUAGCUUAAGUGACAGCUGCAGUAAACCAACUGUAGCUGUUACCAUGAUGUCACGCAGUGAUCUCAUUCUUCACCAACUGCCGUAUCUGGCUUUAAUAGCAGGAGACUUUGAACAAUUCCAAGGACUCCAUAGGCUUACCAAGCUCAGCGGGACUAAGAAUCAGAGUGAUGCUAAUGACUUUGAAAUGCUUGACUACCAAGUUGAGUUACCUUCAAUCGCAUCUACCGCACAGUGGAAGAGCCUUCCUACAGGAAGCUCAUCGCGAACCAGUCGUCGAUAUCACAGCAAUGCUUUUGGACCCCAGCUGCCGCCGUCCCUGGAGAAGGAGAGACUUUUUCUUGCUGAUGAUGAUAUUGUAGACGACUACUGAUAUCAUCCAAUCUUGAAUUGGAUAUAAUGAUUGCAAUACCCUUUUCUGCAACAAUGAAAUUCUAACGACUCAAUAGUCUAAGCGUAGGAAGCCAAAUACAGUGUAAGAGGGUGACUUUCUGGGAUGCUUGCUCCCAUGGGGGGAACGGGGUGUCCUGUAGAUCACGGUAGAUGGUUAUUAAUUGAAUGAUCAGUUGAUUGCUAGUGGCGGCCAGCAGCAAGUAGGUCGCCAGCAUCUAGGGUUAGGCAACACGGAAUAUACAUGGAAAUACAUGCUCCCAAGUCUCCCCUCGCCCUACUCGCCUCGAUAAUAUCCUGGCAUAUCAUGCGGGGCCAUCCAAUCCGCAUUAAGCAUACGCCUAAGGUGCUAUUCCCUAGAUAUCAUUUACUGUCUGAAGCCAGUCUGGAUCGGCUGUAGAUAUGUAUUCUUGUGGACGUUCUUCCACAGCA